GCGAGUGUUUGUGUUGGAAAAUCCAACUGCGCCACGGGGCGGAGCGGCCCCCCCAGCCCCGGCCUGGGAGAGGGGGGGCCCGCUCGACCCUCUAGAGAACUUGGGGACCCUAAACACGUGGGACCCCCCAGAACCAGGUUCCCCCCAUGCACCAUGCCAGCCCCAUAGCACUACCCACUCCACUGUGGUCUGCUGCACCCCACUGCUGGGGCACUGUUCUAAUGAGACAGAGCAUACCAAACUCCAUCUGCCAGGCUGUUACUGAGGCGGAGACACGGGUGAUGAUUGGCUUUCCGGGGAGAGAGGAAGUCCUGUGAUUGGCCAGAUCUCUGAAGCUCGCCGACGCUUAGAGGACGCUCCCACCAAGGCCGGAAUUGGCUGUGAAAGUCUAGGGGCUGCCAUCUGGGAACAGUGGGCACUCUUGUCAGCGGCUGGAGCCCGACCAUCCUCCCAGCUUCCCAGAGAGCUGGGGCAGGGGGCCGUGCCCGAUCUCCAGGGCUCCUGGGGCCACUGCUGACCUGGCUGGAUGCAUCGGGCAGUGGACCCUCCAGGGGCCCGCACUGCACGGGAAGCCUUUGCCCUUGGGGGCCUGAGCUGUGCUGGGGCCUGGAGCUCCUGCCCGCCCCAUCCCCCUCCUCGAGGCGCAUGGCUGCCUGGAGGCAGAUGCUCAGCCAGCAUCGGGCAGCCCCCACUCCCUGCUCCCCUACCCACUUCACACGGCAGUAGCUCUGGACAUCCCAACAAACCAUAUUAUGCUCCAGGGACACCCGCCCCAAGACCCCUCCAUGGAAAGCUGGAAUCCUUGCAUGGCUGUGUGCAGGCAUUGCUCCGGGAGCCAGCCCAGCCAGGGCUGUGGGAUCAACUUGGGCAGCUGUAUGAGUCAGAACAUGAUAAUGAGGAGGCCAUACGCUGUUACCACAGCUCCCUUCGAUAUGGAGGAAACUUUUCUGAGCUGGGACCCCGCAUUGGCCGACUGCAGCAGGCUCAGCUCUGGAACUUUCAUACUGGCUCCUGCCAGCACAGAGCCAAGAUCCUUCCUCCUCUGGAGCAAGUGUGGAACUUGCUGCACCUUGAGCACAAGCGGAACUAUGGAGCUAAGCGAGGGGGUCCCCCUGUGAAGCGAGCUGCUGAACCCCCAGUGGUGCAGCCUGUUCCUCCUGCAGCACUUUCAGGUCCCUCAGGGGAGGAGGGCCUUAGCCCUGGAGGCAAACGCAGGAGAGGCUGCAGUUCUGAACAGACUGGCCUUCCCCCAGGGCUGCCACUGCCUCCACCACCAUUACCACCACCACCACCACCACCACCACCACCACCCCUGUCUGGCCUGGCUACAAGCUCCCCAUUUCAGCUGGCCAAGCCAGGGCUAUGGAGUACCCUGCACGGAGAUGCCUGGGGCCCUGAGCGCAAGGGUUCAGCACCUACAGAGCGCCAGGAGCAGCGGCACUCGCUGCCUCACCCAUAUCCAUACCCAGCUCCAGCCUACACUGCGCACCCCCCCAGUCACCGGCUGGUCCCAGCCACACCCCCAGGCCCCAGCCCCCGCCCCCCAGGAGCAGAGAGCCAUGGCUGCCUGCCUGCCACCCGUCCCCCCGGAAGUGACCUUAGAGAGAGCAGAGUUCAGAGGUCGCGGAUGGACUCCAGCGUUUCACCAGCAGCAACUACCGCCUGCGUGCCUUACGCCCCUUCCCGGCCCCCUGGCCUCCCCAGUACCACCAGCAGCAGCAGUAGCAGCAGCAGCAACACCGGUCUCCGGGGUGUGGAGCCCAACCCAGGCAUUCCUGGCGCUGACCAUUACCAAACUCCUGCGCUGGAGGUCUCCCCUCACCAGGGUCGCCUAGGGUCCUCGGCACACAACAGUCGAAAACCGUUCUUGGCGGCUCCUGCUGCUGCUCCCCACCUGUCCCUGCCACCUGGACCCCCCUCUUCCCCUCCACCCCCCUGUCCCCGCCUCUUACGCCCCACCCCACCCCCUGCCUGGCUGAAGGGCCAGGCUUGCCGGGCAACCCGAGAGGAUGGAGAGAUCUUAGAAGAGCUCUUCUUUGGGGCUGAGGGGCCCCCUCGCCCUCCCCACCUUCCCCACCGCGAGGGCUUUUUGGGGCCUCCAGCCCCCCGCUUUUCUGUGGGCACUCAGGAUUCACACACCCCUACCACUCCCUCAACCACCAGCAGUAGCAGCAGCAGCAACAAUGGCAGCCACAGCAGCAGCAGCCCUACUGGGCCUGUGCCCUUUCCCCCACCUCCUUAUCUGGCCAGAAGUAUGGACUCCCUUCCCCGGCCACCCAGCCCAACACUGAGUCCCCAGGACCCACCUCUUGCACCCCUGACUCUUGCCCUGCCUCCAGCUCCUCCCUCAUCCUGCCACCAAAAUACCUCAGGAAGCUUCAGGCGCCCGGAGAGCCCCCGGCCCAGGGUCUCCUUCCCAAAGACCCCCGAGGUGGGGCCAGGGCCACCCCCAGGCCCCCUGAGUAAAGCCCCCCAGCCUGUGACGCCUGGGGUUGGGGAGCUGCCUGCAAGAGGCCCACGACUCUUUGAUUUUCCCCCAACCCCACUGGAGGACCAAUUUGAGGAGCCGGCUGAGUUCAAGAUUCUACCGGAUGGGCUGGCUAACAUCAUGAAGAUGCUGGAUGAAUCAAUUAGAAAGGAGGAGGAACAGCAGCAGCAGGAGGCAGGCGUGGUCCCUCCACCCCCGCUGAAGGAACCCUUUGCAUCUCUGCAGCCUCCAUUCCCCAGCGACACAGUCCCAACCACCACUGCUGCCACAGCUUCUGCCACCACCACUACCACCACCACCACCACCACCACCACCACCACCCAGGAAGAGGAGAAGCCACCACCAGCCCUGCCACCACCACCACCUCUAGCCAAGUUCCCUCCGCCUCCCCAGCCACAACCACAACAGCCCCCGCUGCCCCCACCAGCCAAUCCAGCCAGCUUGCUCAAAUCCUUGGCUUCUGUGCUGGAGGGACAAAAGUACUGUUAUCGGGGGACUGGAACAGCUGUUUCCACCCGAACUGGGCCCUUGCCCACCACUCAGUAUUCCCCUGGUCCCCCAUCAGGUGCUACCGCCCCACCACCCACCUCAGUGGUCCCUAGCGCCCAGGGCUCCCCACAGCCCUCUGCUUCCUCGUCAUCUCAGUUCUCUACCUCAGGCGGGCCCUGGGCCCGGGAGCGCAGGGCUGGUGAAGAGCCAGCUCCAGGCCCGGUGACCCCUGCCCAGCCACCCCCACCCUUGCCACUGCCCCCUGCUCGCUCUGAGUCUGAGGUGCUAGAAGAGAUCAGUCGGGCUUGUGAGACCCUUGUGGAGCGGGUGGGCCGGAGUGCCAUCAACCCAGUGGACACUGCAGACCCAGUGGACAGUGGAACUGAGCGACUGAUGCCUUCUGCACAGACCAAGGAGGAAAGUGGUGGGGUGGUGGCUGUGGUAGCAACGGGACCAGGUAGUGGCAAGCGGCGGCAGAAGGAACAUCAGAAGGAGCACCAGAAGGAGCAUCGUAGGCACAGGAGGGCCUGUAAGGACAGUGUGGGUCGGCGGCCCCGUGAGGGGAGGGCCAAGGCCAAGACCAAGACCCCCAAAGAAAAGAGCCGCCGGGUGCUAGGGAACCUGGACCUACAGAGCAAGGAGAUCCAGGGUCGGGAGAAGGCCCGACCUGAUCUUGGUGGGGCAUCCAAGGCCAAGCCACCCACAGCUCCUGCCCCUCCACCAACUCCUGCUCCCUCUGCCCAGCCCACACCCCCAUCAGCCUCUGUCCCUGGGAAGAAGGCUCGAGAGGAAACUCCAGGGCCCCCAGGUGUCAGUCGUGCUGACAUGCUAAAGCUGCGCUCACUUAGUGAGGGGCCCCCCAAGGAGCUGAAGAUCAGGCUCAUCAAGGUAGAGAGUGGUGACAAGGAGACCUUCAUAGCCUCUGAGGUAGAAGAGCGGCGAUUGCGCAUGGCAGACCUCACCAUUAGCCACUGUGCUGCUGAUGUUGUGCGUGCCAGCAAGAAUGCCAAGGUAAAAGGGAAAUUUCGAGAGUCCUACCUUUCCCCUGCCCAGUCUGUGAAACCGAAGAUCAACACUGAGGAGAAACUGCCCCGGGAAAAACUCAACCCUCCUACACCCAGCAUCUAUCUGGAGAGCAAACGGGAUGCCUUCUCACCAGUGCUGCUGCAGUUUUGUACAGAUCCUCGAAAUCCCAUCACAGUGAUCCGAGGCCUGGCAGGCUCCCUGCGGCUCAACUUGGGCCUCUUCUCCACCAAGACGCUGGUGGAGGCGAGUGGUGAGCACACCGUCGAGGUGCGCACACAGGUACAGCAGCCCUCAGAUGAGAACUGGGACCUGACUGGCACACGACAGAUCUGGCCCUGUGAGAGCUCUCGUUCCCACACCACCAUUGCCAAGUAUGCACAGUACCAGGCCUCCUCCUUCCAGGAGUCGUUACAGGAGGAGAAGGAGAGUGAGGAUGAGGAGUCCGAGGAGCCAGACAGCACCACAGGAACUCCUCCUAGCAGCAGUGCACCAGACCCGAAGAACCAUCACAUCAUCAAAUUUGGCACCAAUAUCGACCUCUCUGAUGCCAAGCGGUGGAAGCCCCAGCUGCAGGAGCUGCUGAAGCUGCCGGCUUUCAUGCGGGUAACAUCCACAGGCAACAUGCUCAGCCACGUGGGCCACACCAUCUUGGGCAUGAAUACCGUACAGCUGUACAUGAAAGUUCCUGGCAGCCGAACACCAGGCCACCAAGAGAACAACAAUUUCUGCUCCGUCAACAUUAACAUUGGCCCAGGUGAUUGCGAAUGGUUUGCAGUGCACGAGCACUACUGGGAGACCAUCAGCGCCUUCUGUGACCGGCACGGCGUGGACUACUUGACGGGUUCCUGGUGGCCAAUUCUGGAUGACCUCUAUGCUUCCAAUAUCCCUGUGUACCGCUUUGUGCAGCGCCCUGGAGACCUUGUGUGGAUUAAUGCGGGAACUGUGCACUGGGUGCAGGCCACUGGCUGGUGCAACAACAUUGCCUGGAAUGUGGGGCCCCUCACCGCCUAUCAGUACCAGCUGGCCCUGGAACGAUAUGAGUGGAACGAGGUGAAGAACGUCAAAUCCAUUGUGCCCAUGAUUCAUGUGUCCUGGAAUGUGGCCCGCACGGUCAAAAUCAGCGACCCCGACUUGUUCAAGAUGAUCAAGUUCUGUCUCCUGCAAUCCAUGAAGCACUGCCAAGUGCAACGUGAGAGCCUGGUGCGGGCAGGGAAGAAGAUAGCAUACCAGGGCCGAGUCAAGGACGAGCCCGCCUACUACUGCAACGAGUGCGAUGUGGAGGUAUUCAAUAUCCUGUUCGUGACGAGUGAGAAUGGCAGCCGCAACACAUACCUGGUGCACUGCGAGGGCUGUGCGCGGCGUCGCAGCGCAGGCCUACAGGGCGUAGUGGUGCUGGAGCAGUACCGCACUGAGGAGCUGGCUCAGGCCUACGACGCCUUCACGCUGGCCCCCGCCAGCUCGUCGCGAUGAAGCCGGAUGCCCCGCUCGCCUGCCCGCCCCGCAGGGCGCUGUGGGGCCACCAGCACAUGCCUGGGCUGGACCUAGGUCCCGCCUUUGGCCGGGAAGGGGGUCGGGCCCAGCCCUUCCACCCUAUUGGCAGCUCCCCUCACUUAAUUUAUUAAGAAAAAAAUUUUUUUAAACAAAUAUGAGGAAAAAAGGAAAAAAAAAAAAAAUGGGAGACGGGGGAGGGGGCUGGCAGCCCCUCGUCCACCAGCGCCUCCCCUCACCGACUUUGGCCUUUCUAGCAACAGACACAAGGACCAGGCUCCGGCGGCGGCGGGGGUCACAUACGGGUUCCCUCACGCCUGCCAGUCGCCCGCCCGCCCGCCCGCUGAUGCACGCGGCUAGUGUAUGUACAUAAAUGUUAAGGCAGCCGAGGUUUUUAAUGAGAUUCUUUCUAUGGGCUUUACCCCUCCCCCAGAACCUUUUUUUUUUUUUUUUACUUCCAAUGCUAGCUGUGACCCCCGUACAUGUCUUUUUAUUCACUUGGUUAUGAUUUGUAUUUUUUUGUUCUUUUUUGUUUGUUUUUGGUUUUUAAUUUAUAACAGUCCCACUCACCUCUAUUUAUUCAUUUUUGGGAAAACCCGACCUCCCCCAUCCCCCAAGUCAUCCCACCUGCCCCUCCGGGGACUGCCCCCCCCCCCACCCCGGGCUGUCCCCGCACCCCAAUGUGUGUCCUCCGGGCUCAGCCCGUCGGUCUUCGCCAGCCCGUCCGUCCGCGGCUCCAGCCGGGCUCUCAUGGUGCUCAAACCCGCUCCCCUCCCCUACGUCCUGCACUUUCUUGGACCAGUCCCCCACUCCCAACCUGACCCCAACCCCGCCUGAGGGUGAGCGACUCCUGUACUGUAGGGGAAGAAGUGGGAACUGAAAUGGUAUUUUGUAAAAAAAAAAUAAUAAUAAAUAAAUAAAAAAAUUUAAAAGUUUUAAAGAAAGAACUAUGAGGAAAAGGAACCCCGUCCUCUCCAG